CGCUGAUACUGAUGAAAACAGAGAAAUUGUCGUGAAGGGCAAUUAUAUGUUGGCCAUUAUUCAGCAUUUACUUAACCCGGAGCUUAUCCAUGUGGCAGUACCUGUUAUAUUCAAUAUAUGCGUGGACUUUGAGCCGGCUCAAUCCCAAGCCGCUGCCAACAGAAUAUCAUAUAUUUUAUUGAAACUCAUCAAAGAUGGAGCCAUAAUGGAGGGUAGUAACCCGCUUAGCUUUGCAUACGAGUUAAUAGAGAUGGCUUCAACAAAGGAACAAGAAAGUAAAGUUGAACAAUCUCCUGAUGGAAUAAUUCAGCUCAUCACAGAACUCGCCCUGGGCGCAUCUCUGGACCUCGCUCAAUUUUCCUGUCUUGUCAACUCUCUGGUGGCAUAUUUGGAGAUCCAGCGGUUUCGAGAUAUAUGCAUAUUACGGAAUCAGAUUGAAGGAGUUCUGUCUAUUCUAAAACAGUCAUUCUUCGUCCUAAUAGACCCAUCGUCUAGUGACGACCUCCAAACACUGCCCCAACUAAGGUUGAAGAUCAAUCAGUCACUGGCAGAAGUUUCAGGCUCGCCGCUGUUUAUGGAGACCUACUCUCUUGAUUCAACAGUUUCGCAGACUUUAAUAUCGUGGCUGAGAACAGGCAACGAAGAGCAACUCCAGAUAUGCUCGUGCGUUAUGCUGGGCAACUUGGCAAGAACGGACGAGAUCUGCCAGAGGAUGGUUCGAGAUUUAAAUAUACAUAUAGAUUUGAUUUCAAUUUUGAAAAGCGACUCCAAGGGGGCUGUUCUUCAUGCUGCGCUCGGUUUCCUGAAAAACCUUGCCAUCGCCCCUGAUAACAAGGUAGAUCUGGGCGAUGCAGGAAUAAUACCUGCAGUUUCCCAUUUGUGGGGAUUUGAAACUGUACCACAAGUUCAAUUUUCUGCGGCCAGCAUUGUACGGCAAGUCAUCUCAUCUUCUAUCGAAAAUGUGGCUCGACUUCUUAGCCCACUCUCGACGGAAUCUGGUUUACCUGCGCACACGCAGACGUAUCUAUCGCAGUUGCUUUUGCUUUUCGAGAAAACAGAUUCGACUCCAAUCAAGAUUGACAUUGGACGUACGGUUGCAUCCAUAUGUCGGACUCUUAGCCCAAGGGCUCGCGACGAGAAUAGUGAAGCCAAUGCACUUUCUGAGCGCCUUUUUCGGCUGCACGAUGGCGUCGCUCGUCCGGUAGGCGCUAUGGUGACCCAAACCCAAUGGCCCGUCGUCCGGAGUGAGGGUUGGUUUUCUCUAGCCUUAAUGGCGUCCAGCAGACCAGGCUCCCUUGCUGUUGUGGAUUGCCUGCAGAUUACCGAUGUGUAUCAAUCGCUGAAGGAAAGCUUGGGUGCAGAGAUUCCAGAGGAAACUACCGAAGCGGACAAGUCGAGGCUAACGAAAGAUGGAAGUAACAUCAUCAUACUUGUUAAAGAAUUGCUGGGAAAUGCCUCUGACGUACUUCCAUCAGACUUGAAGGCUAUGCUACAUGGCUUUAUGCGCCACGAUGUUUAUCAGCGCCUGAAAAGCACCGCAGAAUAGAGCCAGCUUGGCGGAAAGCUCUCAUACGUAUGUAACCUCGUUGAAUGGAAGAGGCAGUGCGAUUCUAUUCGCGAAUGCCUCGAAUCCAUCGUCAAUUCCUCAAACGAGAGUAGAUAUAUGCAUUAGAAUUCAUCGUAACUCAGAUCUAG